CGGCUCGGGUUCCGGCGGCAGCACCUGGGCCGCAGCUGGGUCCGGCGGGGCACGCUGCCGCCGCCCCCUCCGCGAUGACCACGGCCGACUCCCCGGGCGCCCUGCCCGCCGGAACUCCUGUGAACAGCCUCCAUGAGGCCCUGGACGAGUGCAUGACCGCCCUGGACCUCUUCCUCACCAACCAGUUUUCAGAAGCACUCAGCUACCUCAAGCCCAGAACCAAGGAGAGCAUGUACCACUCGCUGACGUAUGCCACCAUCCUGGAGAUGCAAGCCAUGAUGACCUUUGACCCUCAGGACAUCCUGCUUGCGGGCAACAUGAUGAAGGAGGCGCAGUUGUUGUGUCAGAGGCACCGGAAGAAGUCCUCAGUAACAGAUUCUUUCAGCAACCUCGUGCACCGCCCCACCAUGGACCAGUUCACAGAAGAGGAAAUCCAUGCUGAGGUCUGCUACGCAGAAUGCCUGCUACAGCGAGCAGCCCUGACCUUCCUGCAGGAUGAGAACAUGGUGAGCUUCAUCAAGGGCGGCAUCAAAGUUCGCAACAGCUACCAGACUUACAAGGAGCUGGACAGCCUUGUGCAGUCCUCACAGUACUGCAAGGGAGAGAACCACAGGCACUUUGAAGGAGGUGUGAAGCUCGGUGUGGGCGCCUUCAACCUGACGCUGUCCAUGCUUCCUACUAGGAUCCUGCGGCUGUUGGAGUUCGUGGGGUUUUCAGGAAACAAGGACUAUGGGCUGCUGCAGCUGGAGGAGGGCGCCUCUGGGCACAGCUUCCGUGCGGUGCUCUGCGUCAUGCUGCUGCUGUGCUACCACACCUUCCUCACCUUUGUGCUCGGCACCGGGAACGUCAACAUCGAGGAGGCAGAGAAGCUUUUGAAGCCCUACCUGAAGCGAUACCCAAAGGGCGCCAUCUUCCUGUUCUUUGCAGGGCGGAUUGAAGCCAUUAAAGGCAACGUUGAUGCGGCUGUCCGGCGGUUCGAGGAGUGCUGUGAAGCCCAGCAGCACUGGAAACAGUUCCAUCACAUGUGCUACUGGGAGCUGAUGUGGUGCUUCACCUACAAGGGCCAGUGGAAGAUGGCCUACUUCUACGCCGACCUGCUCAGCAAGGAGAACUCCUGGUCCAAGGCUACCUACAUCUAUAUGAAGGCUGCCUACCUCAGCAUGUUUGGGAAGGAUGACUACAAGCCGUUCGGGGAUGACGAAGUGGAGUUGUUUAGAGCUGUGCCAGGCCUGAAACUCAAGAUUGCUGGGAAAUCUUUACCCACUGAGAAGUUUGCCAUCCGGAAGUCCAGGCGCUACCUCUCCCCCAAACCUAUCUCAUUGCCAAUUCCUGCUCUGGAAAUGAUGUACAUUUGGAAUGGCUACGCUGUGAUUGGGAAGCAGCCAGAACUCACAGACGGGAUCCUUGAGAUUAUCACCAAGGCUGAAGAAAUGCUGGAAAAGGGCCCAGAGAAUGAGUACUCAGUGGAUGAUGAGUGCUUGGUGAAGUUGCUGAAAGGCCUGUGUCUGAAAUACCUGGGCCGUGUCCAGGAGGCUGAGGAGAAUUUCAGGAGCAUCUCUGCCAAUGAAAAGAAGAUUAAAUAUGACCACUACUUGAUCCCAAAUGCCCUACUGGAGCUGGCCCUGCUGUUUAUGGAGCAAGGCAGAAAUGAAGAGGCUGUCAAACUCUUGGAAACUGCCAAGCAGAACUACAAGAAUUACUCCAUGGAGUCAAGGACACAUUUUCGAAUCCAGGCAGCCACACUCCAAGCCAAGUCUUCUCUAGAGAAUGGCAACAGAUCCACAGUCUCACCAGUGUCCUUGUAGUUUGGUGCAGAACCCCCAGGCAGGAAUACAGACAGCUGGAUAGAGCUCCUGGAAACAUUUCAAAACUGAUCCCCACCCUUGCCCUGCCUUGGGGGUCCACCGGUGCUCCAGUGGGAUGGCACUACAUGAGUAUCCAUGAAGAAGCCAAGCCGGCAUUUUCACCAGUGUGGCCAAGGUCCUUUGCCAAGGACAGAGCAGGUGGAGCCCUCUGCCUGCCCUAUCACAUAUACGGGUACUUGUUUUUCACUGUGACGUUUAAGAGAAUGUAUGAACAGUUCACAUUUUACUUAGAAAUACAAUGAUGGGACCAUAGUUGGCUUUUCAAAAAACCACCAAC